AUGAGAAGGGAAGGAGAGAAAGAGAGAGUAUCCUCUACAAGACCUGAAGAAACAAAAGUGAGGCAGGAAGAUAUAUCCAAAAUAUUGAGCAGCGCAGCUAAAGUUCAAGUUAAACAAGAUACUAUUGACUCAAGACUGUUCUCACUGAAAAGGGAAAAUGAAGCAUUAUGGAGAGAAAUUACAGAUCUGCGGGCUAAACACUCUCAACAGCAGCAAGUUAUUAGAAAGAUUGUCCAGUUCAUUGUGACCUUGGUGCAGAAUAAUAGCUUAGUGAGCUUGAAGAGAAAACAGCCAUUACUUCUGAACACAAAAAGUUCCCCUAAAGCCACUAUACUACAGACAUUGGUUAAAGAAACUGGAGAGGACAAACGCCAUGUCCCACUUAGGACAGAAGCUUUAAACAGAGGGGAGAUUUCUGAUGAUAUAGUAAUCUAUGACAUAACUGACAACAUGGAGGAUGAAGGAGAGAAAAACCAUGCCACCCCUGACAUUUCAAAUACUCCCUCUCCUGAUACAGUAAAUGCUCACAGUUCCCCCGAAAUUGUAAUAGUGGAGGAUGACAGUGAAGAUGAAAAUGUCCCAGUUACUCAAGAUAGAGCCGCAGAUGCAAUUGGGUCACUGAGCCCAGUACGGGAGGACGUUUCAAGCCCACUGAUGUCUGGUCCUCUGCAACUGAACAACCAGUCUUCACUUAGCACAGAGGACCCUGUCUCCAUGAUGGAUUCUAUUCUUAAUGAAAGUGGUGUCAUUUCUCAAAAUAUCAAUCUGCUUGGAAAAGUGGAACUGAUCGAUUAUCUAGACAGCAUUGACUGCACAUUAGAAGACUUCAAAGCUUUACUAUCUGGACGUCAGUUCAGCAUAGACAGAGACCUGCUGGUAGAUCUGGAGACCAAAGGAAUGGAGACUUUUAGAAAUGGAGAAACCUUUCCUGAAUCCCCUAAUUCCACUGCAGAUUCCAAGAAACUGGACCAGCAACUUGUGCAGUACACAACAUAUCCACUUAUGGCUUUUCUGGAUGGUGAUUCUAGCCCUUUUGUAUCAGAGACACAGACGAGCAAAACAAAUGAAACGGACAAUCUUUUGGAAUCUAGCCUGGACUGUGAGCCGACACAAAGCAAACUAUUGCGGCUAGAGCCUCUGACUGAAGCAGAAGCCAAUGAGGCUACCCUGUUUUAUUUAUGUGAACUUGCCCCAGCACCCCUGGACAGUGACAUGCUGGACACCUAAAGUGCUGGGAUACCACACACCUGUAUAUAUUCAUCAAAAUGAUGAACUAUUUAUUUAAGUAUCAUUUUGGUACUGUUCUCUUCUUUUUGGUGUUUUUUCUUUUUCCAGACACUGGGAUUUCACAUUUUGUUUAUGCACAAUAGCAACCAAUUUUAGUCAAAGACAAUGUUUUAUAAUCCAAAGUUUAUUUUUUGCUCAAAUUGUAGGUUAGAUCCUGCGCUCCAUUAUACCAUUUUGCUUUCAUAUGUAAUGUGUAUAUACCCUGCUCUAUGGUGUCAAAGGUUAAUCUGCCGCAAGCACUUACAACAAGACUGCACCCCAAUAACAUUAUGCACCUUGCAUUCUGUCUUGGUAAGCAUCACUAUAUGAUGUGCAGUGUGCCUUGUAUUAAAUCAGCGGUUCCGGAGCAGGAGUGUAUAUCUAUAUAAACACUAUGUUGGAAUUAUAUACUGUUUAAGAAUAAUUAUGGAAAGUGCAAGAAAAUGUGAGCUAGGAACUAAAGUGCCUGUCCUUUUAGUGUGCUUUGAACAGCAGUUUUUAUUGCAAGGGACCAAUGAAUCUCACUGUUAUGUAAACCCAUUCAUGCACUACUUACAGAAGGUGGCUUAAUAUGGCAGUGAAUUAUUUUACCUAAAUAAACAGACUUGUCCAUGAUUUCCUUGGACUGUUUUAC